UGAAGUCAAACGUAAGUGAGCGGAGAAAACAGAAAAGUGUUCAACUGUGAUUCUCCACUUCAAAUCUUGAGACUCCGCUUGAAAUUGAACAUUUUUUGAUGUCCAAAUGGAAGCACAAUGAUACAUGGCAGGUUGAGUAAUACUAAUGCCAGAGCUAUAGUGCAACUCAGUACAAUUUCCCCAUCAAAGGGGGUUUACUCUCCAACAGCGUCUUCUUUGGCAUCAGCUUUACAAAAUUAUAUAAACUCAGAUCAUCCCUCGCACGGCCAAAAGAUCCAUUCCCACGUUCUCAAAACUGGGUUCAAUCCCAACGUCAAUAUCUCCAUCAAACUCCUAAUCCUUUAUAUCAAGUCUUCUUGUUUAUCGUACGCGCGCCAAGUGUUUGAUGAAUUGCCUCGACCAACUUUGUCGGCCUAUAAUUACAUGAUCUCGGGCUAUAUAAAACAUGGGUUUGUUGAAAAAUCUUUUGAUUUGGUGAGAGAACUGUGUUGGUCUAAUGAAAAGCCUGAUGGGUACACGUAUUCGAUGAUUUUGAAGGGUUCGACUAGCGGAAAUGGAGGGUUGUGUUCACCUUCUAUAGGUGGGGAGGUUCAUGCCCAGAUAGUUAAAUCUGAUGUUGAGGGGGAUGACGUGCUUUAUACUGCCUUAGUUGACUCGUACGUGAAGAGUGGGAGGGUUGAGUAUGCAAGGAGAGUGUUUGAUUUGAUGUUGGAGCAGAAUGUGAUUUGUUCCACAUCGAUGAUCACGGGGUACAUGAACCAAGGUCGUUUUGAGGAUGCUGAGGAUGUGUUUGAGAAAACUGUGGAGAAAGACGUGGUGGUUUACAAUGCGAUGAUUGAAGGAUGCAGUAAGUCAGUUAAAAUGGCUAACAAGGCAAUCGAAAUUUAUAUUGAUAUGCAACGUCUAAAUUUUAGGCCUACUAUAUCAACGUUUGCAAGCAUAGUUGGGGCUUGUUCUCUGUUGUCAGCAUUUGAAAUUGGUCAACAGAUUCAAGGGCAAUUGAUGAAAACUGAGUUUUUCACAGACAUAAAGAUGGGUAGUGCUCUGAUAGAUAUGUACUCCAAAUGUGGGCGAACUGAGGACGCUAGAUGCAUUUUUGACUACAUGCCCACGAGGAAUGUCUUUUCAUGGACUUCCAUGAUUGAUGGAUAUGGCAAGAAUGGAAGGCCAGAAGAAUCACUUGCACUUUUCGAUAGAAUGAUAAGUGAAUGCUACCCUGUGCCAAAUUAUGUUACAUUUCUUGGUGCACUGUCUGCUUGUGCCCAUGCAGGGUUAGUUGCUAAAGGAAGGGAGAUCUUUGAGAGCAUGGAUAGAGACUAUUCAAUGAAGCCAAGAAUGGAGCAUUAUGCUUGUAUGGUUGAUCUCUUAGGACGUGCGGGAAGCCUGAAUCAGGCACUUGAAUUUGUAAUGCAAAUGCCUGAAAAGCCUAAUUCUGAUGUUUGGGCAGCUUUACUCAGUUCUUGUAGACUGCAUGGGGAUGUGGAGCUUGCUAAAAUAGCUGCAGAUGAGCUCUUUAAAAUCAGCAACGAGAGCAGGCCUGGGGCAUAUGUUGCAUUAUCCAAUACGUUAGCUGAGGCUGGAAGAUGGGAUAGUGUGAGUCAAUUGAGGGAGUUAAUGAAGGUGAGAGGAAUAUCUAAAGGCACAGGGUUCACUUGGGUUGGGACCGAUGCUGGUUUGGAAGCUUUCCACGCUGGGCAGUCAUUGUGAUUAAAUGGUAGCAGUUCCAAGUAUGAUCAUCCAACAUAAUUUAUAGGCCACAAUUAUAUAAAAUCUAUUUAUUCCACUAACAUUUGUCAGUUACAAGUUUUUCUCCUUUCUUACAAGAACUUUCCUGGAGUUAUAAUUUUACACAGUUUGCACAAAGCCAUGGUUUUUCCAUGACAUUAUACCUUGAAACUAGAUCUGUGAUUAAGGUUAGUCCCAACUUUAUCCAUUUAAGUGCCACUGUGUUGUGAAUGACUACUUUUAGAGAUAGUUUGGG